AAAUUCUGCAAAUGGGAAAAGACGGAAAAAAAUACGUAGGUUUUCACAAUAUCACUAUAUAAAUAUGCACAGAUAUUCUAGUGGUUCAUUAUAACACAAAAAAUCGACAUAUUCAGCAUAUCAUAGAAAACAAAAUGGCAUCAGGAAACUAUAGGAUUCCUCCAUAUUAUCCUUUUGAUACUCCAAUUCCUUUACAACCCAUCUACACAGUGACCGCUGGUAAUGAUAUUGGACGACUGGAAAAUCAGAUCGCCAUGGUGCAGGAACCUACUAGAGUUAGGAAGAAACGUUCUCCCUGUUGGACAGCAUUGACUACUCUUUCAGUGCUGGUGAAUGUGGUUCUUGCUGCUGGUAUCGUUUGGUGCUUAUUGUCACAUUUUGGCAAUAAAGAAAAGGUUUUAAAUUCAAAUGCAGACAUAUCAGAAGACAAUUCGCCCAGUACUCCAGUUUCACUAAAGAUCAAAUCCCAAGGAAACCCAUGCAAGAUCCUUACAUGUUCUGCCGUGUGUAUGCCUUGUCAGGCGCUCCAUUCAAAGUUGCUUUGGAGAGAAGUUUUGGUCAAAAUUCGUGCUGGAAAGACCGAUCUUUGUUGCAAAAAACUAGAAGAUUCAAUGAAAAGACUGAUUAAAGAGAUAAGAGAUGUUCAGAAAAUGAGUGAAGAUAAUCAUGGAGGGGAUCAAUAUAAAAGAACACGCCAAUCUGCGUUUUACAAUGUACACAAAAAUCAUAUUGGAGCUGACUUAGGACGAGUGCCUUUGAAAGACCCUGGCGUGAGCCCAUAUAUAACAACAAUAACAGUCAACGAAACCGGUGCAUACAAAAUAUUUACUGGAAUAACAAUGUCUGCUAAUUUGACGACUUGUAUUCCUUCGAAGGGAUACUUUAUUCGAGUAGUGGCAGAGCAUUCCAAUCGGGGCACAAUGCAUUUGUUAAGGAAAGACUGGAAAUGUCCAGUUGGACAUAAUACUGACUAUAUAAAUCCAGUGGAGGUACAAGAAGCAUUCUACUUGUCCAAUGGCACUAUUUUGUACGUGGAAGUUUUCAACAGACUCCAGAUAUACCGAUAUCAAAAUAGUGACUAUGUUGGACUUGUAAAGCUUUGAUUACAUGGUUGUGAUUCGUUGUAGGGCAUUACAUGGAUUCUACGGGUUGUUAUUUAAACUAUUUGUUAUUUAUUUAUUGACACUAUUUUCAUUUUUCAUA